AUGACGAGCGAGGCGCGGCCUGGGGAAGGCAGGGCUGCCCGGGGAGGUUGGGAGGACAGCGGCCUGCGAAGUGGCCCUUUAAAAAGACGGUACCUGGGGUGUCCCGGGGAGCAGGCCCCGGAGAGCUGUAACGCCAAGAUGGAGCAGGCCGCAGCGGGUGCGCAGGCAAAGGACGAGAUGUCUGAGGAGGCCGCCAUUUUCCGUGGGGUGCUGGAAGAACAGGAACAGGCGGAGGAGCAGGAGCAGCGCGAACAGCCCCAGGCCGAGCAGGCCCAGUCUUCGCCUGGACCCUUCAGCACCCAGCGCUUCCUGGAGGCCUUGGAGGCCCUGGAGGCCCUUCAAAUGGAGAUAGGGCCUAUGAGCGCCAAGGCCAACAGGGACUACUUUCGCCUGAGGAGUAAGCUGGUGCAGAGUUGCAAGCCACACCUCGACCGCAGAAGCGCCAUCAUCCAGGGCAUCCCAGGAUUCUGGGUCAAAGCAAUUGCGAACCACCCCCAGAUGUCAGCCUUGAUCAGUGAGAAAGAUGAAGAUAUGCUCAGCUACCUGAUCACUUUGGAGGUGGAGAAUUUCAUCCAUCCCAAUAAUGGCUGCAAAAUCACAUUUUUUUUUCGGAGGAACCCCUAUUUUUGGAAUGAAGUGAUCAUUAAGGGAUAUGACAUUUCCAUCACUGGAUAUACAGCAUUUUAUUCCACUCCAAUCCAGUGGUUCCAGAAUUAUGAAUGUGAGGCUCACAGCCGCAGGCAUCAUGACACCAGCGUUAACUUCUUCAACUGGUUCUCUGUUCCCGACUUCUCAGGGUAUAACAGGAUUACUGAGAUCAUCAGUGAGGACCUAUGGAUUAAUCCCCUGAAGUACUACCUGAGGGAGGACAGAACCAUGAUAGGAAUGGGGAGAGAUCAGGUGAGGAUCGUGGUACGGGCCGUUGACAUGAGUGUUGUCUGGGGACCUAGGCGCAUCUUCUAG